AUGGGCAGGCUCCUCUAUGAAGUGGGUCGUAUGGACGAGAAGAAGCGCAUUGCGAACGAACGAGGCAGCAGCAAGAUGGGAAAGCGCAGCUUUAGCUGGGCAUGGGAGCUGGAUGGAACCACUGAAGAACGUGAACGAGGUAUAACAAUGGAUAUAGCACUUCAGUCCAUCUCUACUCCUCACAGGGAGAUCACGAUAUUGGAUGCGCCGGGGCACAAGGACUUCAUUCCGAACAUGAUUUCUGGCGCCUCACAAGCUGAUUGCGCUCUGCUCGUCGUAGACGCCGCCAUUGGAGAGUUUGAGGCCGGUUUCCAGCGGGGUGGCCAGACCAGAGAGCACAUUCUCCUGGUUAGGAGCCUUGGUGUCACGCAAGUCGUCGUUGCGGUCAACAAGCUAGAUCAGGUGCAAUGGGAGAAGUCGAGAUACGACGAAAUAUGUGACGCGAUGAAGCCUUUCCUGGUCCAGUCCGGCUUUCAGCCGUCAAGGACGAAGUUCGUGCCCGUGGGAGCGAUGGCGGGAGUGAAUCUCACUGCACGCAAAGGACCAUACGCCGACGCACUCAAUACAUGGUACAGCGGACCAACUCUGCUCGACUUGCUAGAUCGCCUGAAUCCACCUUCUCGUGACAUAACCGCGCCGCUGCGAUUCCCCGUAUCCAAUGUAUUCAGAGAGCAAGGAUUCGGUCUCGGCGUGUCAGGUCGUGUGUGCGGCGGUGUUGUGCAAGUCGGGGAACGUUUGAGAGCACUACCUGGUGACGGUACCGCGGUCGUAAAGACAAUAUCGAACGAUGAGCAGAGUCUGCCGUGGGCGGCAGAUGGCUCUAAUGUCACCCUUUAUCUGACAUCGGUGGAUCCUGCCCACGUUGCCAUUGGCAGCGUCCUCUGCCGACCUACAGACCUCGUCCCCUUGGCCAGCGUGUUUACAGCGAGAGUGAUUGUUUUUGAUAUUGACAUACCUAUCACUGCUGGUGCAUCAAUUGAGCUUUUCCACCAAUCGCGCGAUGUAUCGGCUUCGAUAUCGAAGGUGGUAGCUACCCUAGAUCGCGCUACUGGAACUAUCAUCAAGAAGAGUCCUCGCGUACUGCCGAAGAAUGCGUCUGCAGAAGUACAAAUUUCUCUUCGUAGCGCCGCGAUGAGCGGUCCAUCAGCCAAGGCCCAGCCGAUACCGAUCGAACCUUUCGCCGUAAAUAAAGACAUGGGCAGAAUCCUCAUUCGCAGGGGUGGGGAGACCAUAGCUGCAGGUGAGUUCUCUGAUGUCUAG